AUGCUGCUGCUGCUGCAGCAGCAGCAGCAGCAGCAGCAGCAGGAGCAGCAGCAGCAGGAAGAGGAGGGUUCCCCUCCGCCGCAACAGCAGCAGCAGCAGCAGCAGCAGCAGAAGAGGGAGCACUUGCUGCUGCUGCUGCAGCAAGACACAUGCGAGCCCUCGGGAGCGCAGCAAGACAGUAGCCGGCAGUGGUUGCUGCUAGCGGAGGAGACGCUGCAGCAGCACCUACUAAAGCUGAAGCAACUGCAGCAGCAGCAGCAGCAGCAGCAGCAGCAGCAGUUGUAUGCUUUGUUAUGUUGUGAUUUAUUUGUUAUAGAGUGGGAAAUAGCAAAGACACUGCGAGCAGCAGCAGACGGAGACAGAGCGCUGCAGCUAGCUCGCCGUCUCUGUCAGUCUGCUGCUUGGCCCUUCUCCUUCAAAGAACUCUUCACACAAACUCCUCCUGCUGCUGCUGCUGCUCCUGCUGCUGCUGCUGCUGCUGCUGCAGGUGCUGGUGCAGGUUCUGCUGCGGGUAGAUCGCCUGCUGGUGCUGCUGCUGCUGCUGCUGCAGGUAGAUCGCCUGCUGCUGCUGCUGCUGCUGUUGGUGGUGGUGGGGGUGGGGGUGGUGGGGGGCUGGAUGGAAUGCGGGUGCCUUCGAUGCUGGGUAUGUGCAGCGGAGCAGCAGCAGCAGCAGCAGCAGCAGCAGCAGGGUCAGCAGCAGCAUGUGGCUCUGAUGCAGCAUCAGCAGCAGCAGCAGCAGCAUUUUGCGUGCGUCGGCAUGAGUUUCUGGUGUCUGUGUGUGAGUGCCUUUGCUGCUGCGGCGAGUGGCUGUACCGAGAUAGGUUUAUAGGAGAAGAAGCAGCAGCACGAGGAUAUAUAGAUGUUGCUGUUGCUGCUAGCAGCUACAUUCCUUCAGUUGCUGCUCACCAGCGUUUGGGUUUGCUGCUGGAUGAUGCAUUAGCAGCAGCAGCAGCAGCAGAGCAGCAGGAGGAUUGGUUGCUGCUGCAGCAGCAGUUAUAUCAUACGAAAGAAGAACAGCAGCAACUGCUGCAGCAGCAGCAGCAGCAGCAACGCAGAAAAAAAAGACUUGCUGCUGAUGCUGCAGCACUCUAUGCUUACUGUCUCCGCGACAGCCACCUGCAGCAGGCAGCGCACACCACGGGGCGGCUGCUGUCUUUGUGGUUUUCUUAUGGGCCUGCACCAGCAGCACUUCAGCUCCGCGCUGCAGCAGACCUCAAACAUCUGCUGCCCUUCGUGCCGCAGAUUGUCUCCCGUCUGGCUGUCGAGACACCUCAACAGCAGCAGCAGCAGCAGCAGCAGCAGCAGCAGCAGCAGGGAGAAGCAGACUUUCAGCUAUCGGUGAGAGAGGUGCUGCUUGCUCUGGCUCGUCGCUCUCCCUUUUCUGUGUUGCUGCCGUUGAUAGCCCUCGAGAAGAACGACAGAGUUCCUGCUGCUGCUGCUGCUGCUGCUGCUGCUGCUGGAGGUUCACACAAAGCAGCAGCAGCAGCAGCAGCAGCAGCAGCAGCAGCGCCGAGCAGCAGCAAUGCGCGGGCUGCAGGACUUCUGCUGCAGCAGAUUGCUGCUGCACACCCAGCACUGUGUGAAGCUGUGAGAGCAGCAGCAGCAGUUGCUCACCCAGCACUGUGUGAAGCUGUGAGAGCAGCAGCAGCAGUUGCUCGUUUGUAUGAAGAUAUUUGUCUUAUCAAGGAGACAGACCUGCAGCAGCAGCAGCAGCUGCUGCAGCAGCAGCAGCAGCAACACCCGCUGCAGCAGCAGCAACAACCGCUGUCUCGCCGCGCUGGCCGGCGUGCAGCAGCAGCAGGCGUUGCACCACCAGCAGCAGCAGCAGCAGGGUCUAUGGAUUUGCUUCGUUAUGUACGCGGACUGAAAUCUUAUAAAGCUGCUCUAUGGAUUUGCUUCGUUAUAGCACUCCUCCCGCCCCACCAUCAGCAGCAGCAACAGCAGCAACAACAGCAGCAGCAGCAGCAGCAGCAGCAGCAGCAGCAGGGUCUAUGGAUUUGCUUCGUUAUAGAAGGAGAGCUGCAUCUGUCUGUCUCCUUUCUAGGCAGCGGCAUAACAAAACCGAAGCAAACUGCAGCAGCAACACAGAGGGGCUUGCUGCUGCAGGAGGUGUGUAAGGAAGAUGACGUGAGGAGAGACAGAGUAGCGCAGCAGCUAUUCUCUGUUCUUAAUCAUGCGUUUGCUGCUGCUGCUGCUGCUGCUGCUCUUGCUGCUCCUGCUGCUGUUCAUACUUCGGCUGCAUUCGCUGCAACGGCGGGAGCAGGAAGAGCUGCGGAGCCUGCUGCAGCAGCAGCAGCAGCAGCAGCAGCAGCUGCUGCUGCUGCAGCAGGAGACCUCAGGCUUAGAACUUAUGCUGUCGUUCCGCUGUCUCCUUUUUGUGGGGUGUUGGAGUGGGUUGAUGGGGCGGUGACCCUGGGGGAGUAUCUGGUUGGUUCUCCUGCUGCUGCUGCUGCUGCUGCUGCUGCUGCUGGUGCAGGAGCAGCAGCAGCAACAGCAGCAGCGGGAGACAGAGCAGCAGCAGCAGCAGCAGCAACUGCAGCACACAGGAGAUUCAGACCCCAAGACUGGACCCCACAAUACUGCCGCAAGAAACUCGCAGACGCACGAGCAGCAGCACUCAAAGAAGCAGCAAAACUACAGCAGCAGCAGCAGCAGCAGCAGCAGCAGCAGCAGCAGCAGCAGCAGCAGCAGCAGCAGCAGCAGCAGCAGCAGGAUCAGCAUCACGACCGCCCCGAAGAACCUGCUGCUGCAGCAGCAGCAGCAGCUGCUGCAGGUGGUGCGACCUCAGGCUUAGAACUUAUGCUGUCGUUCCGCUGUCUCCUUUUUGUGGGGUGUUGGAGUGGGUUGAUGGGGCGGUGA